UAUAGUCGUCGAAUUUUUAUUUUUAAGUUCAAAACAAAAAAAGUUUCAAACAACCGACAAUUUUUUAAUUUUGGAUAUCAAUCAACAAAGUAAAAUCGAAAAAAAACAUGGAGGCCGUACCAAGAUUACCAAUGUUAUCAUUCGAAAUGAAAAUCAGUCCUGUUUGUCCGGAUUUUGCAAUGCCAUUCAAAAGGUUUAUCAGCAAAUAUUAUGGUGAAGAUGGUGAUAUUUAUGAUCGUGAAAUAUUGGAAUUGGAAAAUUUACGUAAUAAUGCAUGUCGUGCACCACGUGAUGUAACUGGAUGUUCAAUUAUGAAACGUUAUUAUUGUCAAAUAUCAAGUUUAUUUAAUCGUUUUGGUUCAUUUGAAAAUAAUAAUAUCGGUGUACAAUGUGUUUGGGCGGAUAUUUAUUCCGGACAAACAACUAUUGGUGAUUUAGAUUUUGAAUUAGCUUGUAUAUUAUAUAAUAUUGGUGCAUUACAUGCUGAUCUUGGUGCAGCAGCCGAUGGUCGACAAACACAAGAAGAAAUGAAAAUAGCUUGUACACAUUUUCAAUGUGCAGCAUGGGCAUUUCAACAUUUAAUUGAAGAUCGAAAAUUAUUUCGUACAUCCGAUAUAAGUAAUGAUGUAUUACAAUUUUUCGUACAGAUAAUGUUAGCACAAGCACAAGAAUGUAUAUUGGAAAAAUCAAUGUUAGAUAAUCGUAAAGCAUUAACAGUAGCAAAAAUAACUGCACAAGUUGUUGAUUAUUAUCGUUGUGCAAUGACAAUGUUACAACAAGGUGCAAUGAAUACUAGUUCAACACAAUCAUCGAUUAUUGAAAUUGUUGGUGGAAAAUUAUUUAAAUCAUGGAAAAAAUUUGUUGAAUUUAAAUUAUCAUAUUAUGAUUCAAUUUGUUCAUUAUAUAUGGGUAAUGCAACUGAAGAUCAACAACAAAUGGGUGAACGUAUUGCAUGGUAUGAAUUGGCAUUGGAAAAAAUUCAAUCAGCUACAACACUUGCUAAACAAUUAGAUGAUAAUCAUGGUUCAUCAUCAUCAUCAGUGAUUAAUGAAGCAAUUUCAUUUGUUACCGAUGUUAUUACAAUUAAAUUACAGAAUGGAAAAAAAGAAAAUGAUUUUAUUUAUCAUGCAAAAGUGCCACCAAUUGCCGGUUUACCUGAAAUAAAAGGUGUAUCACUUGUAAAAGGUAUACCAUUCAAUGUAUGUGAUCCUGAAGUUUCUGGUCCGGAUAUAUUUGCUCGUUUAGUACCGAUUCAGGCACAUGAAUUAGCAUCAAUUUAUUCGGCUAAAAAAGAUGAAAUACUUCGUAAUAUUCGUGUAAAAAUUGAGGAAAAAAAUCAAGAACUAAUGUCAUUCAUGUCAUCAUUGUUAUUGGAUAAAGAACAUCUUCGUGCUCCCAAAGAAGAUUCUAUACCGGAUGAAUUGAUUAAUAUAUGUGCCGAACUUAGCCUACAUCCCGAAUCAGUGGAAGAAGUUGCAAAAAUUUUAACACAAUUAGAUACUGUUAGUCAUGAUACUGGUAAAAUUAUUGAAGAAUCACGAGAAUUAUUAAAAGAAGAAGAAGAAAAAGAACAAAAACAUCAGGAAAAAUUUGGUAAACGACCACCAUCAAUGAUAGUAGUUGAAUUAUCAAAAGAAUUGGCUAAACAUGAAGAAACACAUAAAAAAGCAAUCGAAUCAAAUAAAUCAUUAUGGGAUAAUUUUGAUCAACAUAAAGAUGAUAUACUAAUAAUGAUGUCAUCAUCGGCAUCAAAAAUUGCAUCAAUUUUACCAUCGAAUAAAAAUAUUAAAAUUGAUGAAUCGAUUGUUACUGAAAUGGAAAGAUUAUUUGAUAAAAUUGAUGAAAUGAAAACACAACGUUCAACAUUAGAAGAUCAACUAACAAAACAAAUGAAUGAUGAUAAUGUAUUGAAAUUAGUAUUGGCACAUCCACGUGAUGAAAUUGAAAGAAUUUUUGAUGAUGAAAUAAAAAAAUAUGAUAAAAUCGUUAACCUUUUGGAACAAAAUCUAACAGCACAAUCAAAUAUUUUACGUGCAAUGACUAAUUGUAAUGCAGGUUAUGCUGAUACACGUAAAGAAAUUCUUGAAAUUCAACGUAAUCGUAAAACACGAAUAGCAUCAUUGUUGUAUACAUAUCAAGUGUUUCGUGAACUUCAAGUAAAUUCGAAAAAAGGUUUAGAAUUUUAUCGUAAAUUUCAAUCGAUUGUUGUACGAUUAAAUGCACGAAUACGUGGUGUAAGCAAAGUACAGGAUGAAGAAAGACAACAAUUUAUACAGGCUCAAGCAUCACGUUUGAUGAUGGCUAAAGGUGGACCUCCAUCAUCAUCAUCAUCUACAUCGGUUGGUAUGAUAUCAACACCUCCACUUCCACCAUCAUCAUAUGAUUAUGGAUCAUCAAAUAAUAUUGGCACUGGAAUGUCUGGAAUGUCCAUUCCAACAAUGAUACCGGCAACAGGUGCAAAAUUGAAAGAUUAUCUUCCAUUUAUGAAAGCAAAUGCUGCGAAUCGUUCCAAUUUAAUGUCCAAACCAUCAUUACCAUCUCAAUCGACAGUUAUCACUGGUAAUUCUUCAGGUAUGAUUGUUCCACCAGUUUCUUCAUCGUUUGCUCCAUCUGCACCAUCACCAUCAUUAACACCAACACCUCCUAUAAUGCAAUCAAUGACAAAUUUUGCACCAAAUAUGAUGAUGCCUCCAGUUCAAUCAACAGUUGGUCAAACAUUUGGUUCGAUGGUUGGUCAACAGUCGCAAUCACAUCAUCAACAACAACAACAACCAAUUGCACCGCAUUAUAAUAGUCAUUCAAACAGUGAUCUUCAAGUAACACCUGGAAACAUGAUUGCAAUGUCUCAAUAUUCACCACCACCAUCAUAUUCAAAAGCAAUUUCUUCUCAUUUGCCAUAUGGUUCAUUACCUGUAAUCAACAAUAAAAAUUCUUCAAUAAUACCGUUCAACAUUCAACAACCACAACAACAACAAUAUCCGAAUAAUAUUGCCGUCGGUAAUACUGGAGAAUCAGUGAACACUACAUUCAAUCAACAUCAACCAAUAUCAUCGAUAUUACCGAUCAAUAAUCCACAACAACUACAACAUUAUCCACUACCAUCAUCAUCAUCAUCAUCGACAUCAACUUUGUCGAAUUCUUCAAUGAUUCCAUCAUCAGCAACAUAUAAUAAUUAUCAAUAUAAUAAUUCGAAUACUGCUUCUUCGGUUGCUACUAAUAUUCCAAAUUCCAAUGUUAUUAAUGCACCAAUGGCCGGUUAUAAUAACAACAACUAUUCGCAUUCAUCAAUAUCGAAUCCAAUCGGUCAAUCAAAUUCAAAUGUAACUAGCUAUACUAAUUAUCCGACUAAACCAAUUCAAGGUACAAAUGUUGUAUAUCAUCCAACACAAGCAAAUAUUAUGACAAAUAAUAAUAAUACGAUUGGACAACAACAGCAAUAUUCGAAUCAGCAAUAUGUUCAUCAACCACCAUCGUUGCCAUCUUCACAACAGCCACCAUAUCCGGUAGCACCAUCACCAAUGAUGCCUUCAUAUCUUGGUACAUCUAAUACAACAACAACAACAAACGUUCCAAAAAACAUACCGAAUCCAAUACAUUCAUCACAACAGCAACAACAACAGCCUGGCUAUCCAAUUGGCGGUUAUCAUGGUAUGCCACAACCACCAUCGCAAUCAUCAUAUCCGCAAACAACAAUGAUUAAUGGAUAUCAUCAACAUCAGCCACAACAACAACAGCAGCAACUGCAACCUGCUACUGAUCCAGCAACAAAUAUAACGGCAAUAUUGGAACAAGAAUCAAAACGUGGUUGGCAAGUAUUGACACCAGUACCUGCUGCAACACCUGUGAUAAAAAAUGAAAAUGAUGUUAAUAAUGUAACAAAAAAUAAUGAUAAUAUCAAAUCAUCUUCAUCAUCAUCAUCGUCAUCGGAUUGUUUACCCGAUAUAUUAUCAACAAUGUCAUUAAAUGGUAAUGGUGGUCAACAACAGCAACAACAA